UUGACAGAUGGCAGGCGGGAGACGCUCCUGUCUCUCUCGGUCCGUUGGUCCAUCCCGGUUCCCAUUGUCUCCCCUUUUCACUCUUUGAAGACAAACCCAGAGACGACCAACUAAAACUUAGCUGUUUUUUCCCCGCUCACAUCAUCCUGUGUAUGUUACGUUUGGAGACUUACCUCGACCUGAAAAUUUACCCCGUCCCUCUCUAUGAAAUUUGGACAUGCUCUUCUGUCUUCUUUUUUAAAAUUCUGUAUAAAUACACUGGCUGUAAAGGACACAGCAGCGACUGAACCGAAGCAACCAUCGGCUGACCGAGUUGACAAGACGGCAGUUGUGUCAUGGAUCUCACGGGGAGAUGAACCGACGGAGGAGGACUCAUUAGCCAAAAGAGCCGCCGAAAUCAGCUUCCAGCGGCUGUUGACACAUCACAACACGCGAGCAAAAAAUUUUUUUUCUUUUUUUUUUUUAAUGACCAUUUUCUCACAGGAUAAAACACCACAGUUAUUGGGAGAUAUAAGACAGGUUUAGGACCUUGGUGCUGGAGGCUUAAAACAAAAAUAAAACGCGGUGUUUGGUUAAGGAUGUUGCCGCUACAUGUCCGUUACUUCCCCUGAGAGGAGAGGAGAGGAGCUCGCCCGUGUGAAAAGAGGCAGGGACCACUUUCACUUGUUUUCUCCACCCUACAACAAAUUAGGCUGUUUCAGUCAGGCAAAUGCAAGUGGUGCUUAAUCGGAUUAUUAAACGAGGGAUUUAAUCUGGGGGAAUAUAUCCAUCUAAUCUCACCGUCUCUUUUGCAGCCCUUCAGUGUCUUAAGUGGCUGCUGCCGUGCCAGGACUGUGCCAGAUCGGUGUGUUCAGCGCUGUGAUGAGGAUGCGACUAAUCGAGGUUAUCACAGGUUUUGUCUGGACGAGUGCAAACUGUGUAGACAUAACUGGAAAGUCACUGUAACCUCUGCUGAAUCAAAGAGCCCUCUCAUAAAGCAGGCUGCCUUCAUUUGUGUCACAUGUGUUAAAAUGCACCACACCAGCUGAUUUAGCAGGCUUACUAAACUGUCCUCAGCUGCAGAGGCUUCGAAAGGGUUUAUCUACAUAUCCAGCUCUGUGGACUUGAAUCAUCCCCAGGGCCCACCUUCUGUGUCGGACCCAUGUGUGUUGGAAAUCCAGGGGACAGUUACAGGCUUAAGUAGCUGCUUUUCAUUCCCUUGAGCUCCAGAGAGUACAAGUGGGCUGUGCCGUGCCCUCUUGAGCCCGAGCAGGGAGUGCUUCUGCCUGGGCUGCAAGCCAGCCAGACGGCCCUCUGGGGGCUUUUGGAUUUUGAAGGAGAGAUUUGGGAGUUUCUGCUCCACGUGGACCUCCAGAGAGAAGCAGGAGGACAUCAUGGGGUGCUGUAGUGGCAGGUGCACCUUGGCCUUCAUCUGUGGCAUGCAGCUGGUCAGUGUCCUGGAGCGUCAGGUGAUAGAUUUCCUGGGCUACCAGUGGGCUCCCAUCCUGACAAACUUCCUACACAUCAUUGUUGUCAUCCUGGGCCUUUUUGGCACCAUUCAGUUCAGGCCGAGAUACGUCACUGGGUAUGCAGCCUGGCUCGUAGUGUGGAUGACCUGGAAUGUUUUCAUCAUCUGUUUUUACCUGGAGGUUGGAGACCUGUCCAGAGACUCUGACCUUGUCCUGACAUUCAACCUGUCCAUGCAUCGCUCCUGGUGGAUGGAGAAUGGCCCAGGGUGCAGGGUGACGCCCAUCACCCCUCCUCCCUCUUGGGCACCUGAGGACCACCGAUAUAUAUCUAUAUCUGGCUGUCUGAUGGAUUUUCACUUCAUAGAGGUGGCUCAUUCCUCGCUGCAAAUACUCCUGGCUUUGGUGGGGUUUAUCUACGCCUGUUACGUGGUCAAGCUUAUUUCUGAAGAAGAGGAUAGCUUUGAUUUUAUAGGAGGGUUCGACUCGUAUGGUUACCAGGGACCUCAGAAGACCUCCCACCUUCAACUACAACCCAUGUACAUGUCAAAGUAAACCCAGAAGCUACUCCAAGAGUGCUGCCUUACCAACGAUUCCUGCUUAAAAUCCUGUUUUUUAUUACUCCCAACUGUCUUUUAAUAAACAACAGAGACACAGACAAGUAGACAGGGAACAGAUGACUUUCUGCGAUUCAACUCACAAAUCCCCCAAACACUUGGUCAGAUGGCUUCCCACCCGUCUGUCUGUCUGUCUGUCUGUCUGCUGGUUUUAGUGGAGUUCCUGAUGAAACAUUGGCCUCAUGUGGCUCAGCAUGGUAACUGCAGGACAUUUUAGUUUCCUUCCUCAGACCCAAUCGGUAGCCCGUGACUUGCUUCUCUCUUGUGCUGCUGGGUAUCUGCAUUAUGAGGGAAACAAAAGGGAUGCAAAGAGGCCGCGACUCAUUGGUCACGUGUUCCCUCGGGCUUCCAAUGAGAACUCACUGAUUUCCGCUGUCAAGAAAAAAAUGUUCCUUUGAGCUACAGCGGAAAACGGUCAAAGCUUCAGGAGCGCUGGUUAAGUGUGUGGUAUCUAACAGCUCUUAUGCCUGACCAAAGAGUUCAAAAACCAUCCCCGUGUACACAGCAGAGCCUGUUUAACCUUCUCUGGAACUUUUUGCUCUUUGUGCCUGACAGAUCAACACUUGGAAAGUCCAGCGAAGAACCUCCUAACAUGACUACCGAUUAAGGAAUGUUAAAACAUCUUUUUUUUUUUUUCUGAAGUUGCUUUUCUUGGUGCAUUUCGGGAUGUUGUUUGCAAAAGGUAACAACAGCAAAGAUGGCGCGAGUACACGUUUUACUCCGGCAAAAAUGUUGAAUGUUAACUAACACCGUCGAUUUAAACGCCGUCAUCUAAUAUGUGCAUGCGUACAGGAAGCACACGCAUUCAUAGACUGGCGUUGAGUGAUGUACACGUGAAUACAUGCAUGCACACAAACACACACACACUCACUUAUUAUAACUGAUCUGACCACUUAACUUUUUUACUGCUAAUGUGAAUCUUAAUGUUUACAAUAGAAAGACUGAACACUUUACUGACUGACGCAGCAGGUAGAGAUGACCCACGCUUCUUAGCUGCAGCAUCCCAAAGGUCACAGGGUGUUUUCAGCCAUAUAAAAAAAACAGCUGUGUCUCUUGCUGUAUGAAUAUUUUGUCUUCCACCCAAGACACAUACAUAGAGGGUAAUUAAGACAGAAAUAGGAGAGCGACAGGUUCCCAGCCGUCUCAGUCCUCAUGUAGACUCAGCCGUAUCUGUCAGUGAGCGAGCGAUUCCCUUUUUCUUAAUUAGACUUUUUUUGUAAAUGCUGGAAGUCAGACAAGAUGGCCAGUCAGCCUUUUUGUUUGCAGUGUCCAGCUCUGUUUAAUAAUAGUUCUUCUACAGGCAACACUUUAUAGAAAUGACAAUCACAGUCAGAGCGGCCUGAGUCCUGGCGUGUAAUUGGCAUUUUUCUGUCAGUUCAGGAAGCUGGAUGUUAGAAAAAGGAAUCCUUCCCCAAAAAUGGUGGUCACCAUCACAGGAGAACAGAGAAGCCUUUAAACUGUAUUCUUUGACGCGUUAUUUAUUGUUUUGCUUUACUGGUGAAUGAUAAAAGAUUGAAAGGAACAAGUGAGAAGAGCAACAUUAGCCGUAUUUGAGGAUUUAUCCUCACCAGCAGCCUAAUGAGGAAAAAUAAAUUAUACCAGAGAAAGACACUUAGCAGCUCCCCUCUUUCACCGCGCUACUCCACUUGUAAUGUUGAAAGUGCCAACUGUACCAUCGCAUGGACCUCUGUAGGUUUCGGAGAGCCACAGACUGGGACCAAAAAUGAUAGGUCUCAAGUUUACUUUGCAGGGUUUCUAUGAACGAAAACUGAUAAAAGAUCAAAAAAUCAUAUUGGCAUUCCAGAUAGCCAGCAAGUUUUUGUUUUCAACCGAUUCCUUUUGGAAAUGUGACUGACGUUGCAUUUGUAUUGUAAUCACUGGACCAAAAGUUUGAGGCCUUCUUCUUUUACUAAGGAACAUUUUUGUUGUUUUGUUUUGUUUUUUUGGAGGGGGGGGUUGGGGUUGAUGAGAAAACACUGGCUUCUCUUGACAUUAGGAUGGACAAGGACAGACUGUUUUCCCUCAACAAAUUCAUCUCAAAGUCGACCUUCCACAUCCCCCUCUGCCAGUUAUCUUCAGCAGUUUAUCUGUUUUGUAACAAAACUCCAGGGGUUCAGAGUCGCUGCCCUGUGGGGCUCCGCCGACCGUCACUCCGGAGGACAGAAACAACAUUUUGUGUGUUUGCAUGAGGUGUUUCCAAACUGUUGCAUAUUUAAUCUCAUGCUGCGUGUGACUAACUAGCUACUUAAAAUGGGAACUGUUUGGUCUGUCGAAUGCUCCUCAAACUCUCUUCAAAGAGUCCUAAAUGUGAACUUUGUGUUUUUUUUCUAUAAAUAACACAGUCUGAAAUGUCUGCUGAGUAAAGGAGAAAAAUAGAUACCACAAUGUAAAACUAUGAAAUGUAACUUUGACCUUCUAGACGUUUUUUUAUUCACAUGUGGCUGUGUUUACUGUUUUUUCUAGUUGACUAAUACUGUAUGAUGUUGUGUAUAAGUGGGACUACUAUGUUUUAUUUCUUCUAACUGUACAGUGUAUUUGAAAUGAUUCAGAGGACAACGCGGGGAGAGAGAAUUAGUUGCACUAUAGCCUGUAAUUGUUUAAUUAACUGGUCUGUUAGGGCUCAAAAUUCACUUUCACUUCAAUGCAUAAUUAAAUUGCUAUUAGUAAAUAUUCAUUUAUAUUUGAACUGUCAACCAACACGUGCACAUGUGGCUUUCUGACUGAUAAAAUGACUGCAGAUUAUUGGUUUGUGUUGCAACGUUCAAAUCAGGAAACUGUGAAAAUGUUUAAUUAUUGUGAUAGAAAGAGUUGGUCAGUUAGAGCAUCACGAAACGACUUUAUUUGAACUGAAAGUGGAUUUUCUUUGUUAAUAAAUUUGUCUUUGAUGACACUGUGUAAUCAGUAAACUAGAAAGUCUUAAUUUGGCACAGUUAACAAAUAAGAAAGGACUUCAGAAAUACAAUGUGACCCAAGUGUGUGUGUGUGUGUGUGUGUGUGUGUGUGUGCGUGUCCACACGUGGGACUUAUUACUACAGUGCAUUGUUUUCUGUGUCAUGGUGAACUAUGCAGACCUGAACCCAGAACCUAAAAAAAAUAAAACACACACACUCUGCUCUGAUGCUCAGCACCAAUUUAAGCUGAAGGAAGAACUCAUUAAAGGUGAAAGAACAGCAAUAACAACAGUAAUAAUACAUUUUAAAGUAAUAAGGAAGACAGCAGCUACACUGUUUAUUUAUCUUCAGAGCUGUUUGAGCCCAUUUAGACUUUGGAACAGUCAAUAGAGGUUUUGCAGAAGAAGACUGAGCCAAGCCAUUAUUGUGUUGAUCAGUGUAAAUAAGCAUUCAAUCAAGCCGGUGUAAAACUCUUGACACUGCAAUAAAAAGCUACAAGAUAGUCUGUGUGGUAUGAGAUACCAGAUAGCAGAGUUCUCUUAGACAGUUGAUUUAGUUAGAAAUCUGUGCUUUCAUUUAAUACAGCAUAAAUUUGGGGGGUAAAUUGGGUUGUUGGAACAGAUAAUCUUUUGUUAGACGAGCAUUUAGAGAACGCAAUAAGACAUGAUCAUCAUAUAUUUAGCAACUAUUCACACAGUACAUCUUUACAUAAAUGUGUGAGUAACUGAAAGUGGGAGCAGAGGUGUCUAGUCGUUUUCUGUGGCUCUGGGUUGAUUUGUUGAAGUUCACCACUGACUAGAAUGUACCAUGUAUGUAUGUUAGCUCCUUCUCCUUAGAUGAUGACUUUCCCACAAGUGACUGACUGUACAUAAACUAGACAGCUGGGAUUAAAGUA